UGUGUGUGUGUGCGUGCGUGUGUGUGUGAGAGAGAGAGAGGGAGUGAGGGAGUGAGUGAGUGAGUGAGUGCGCGGUGCGUGUGUGUGAGGGCGGCGGGCGGAUCGGUUUCUCGGGGUUUGACCAGCUGUCCCAGGCUAACCCUGCUCUCCGAAGAUGGAGGAAGUGCCGGCAGGAUUACCCUUAGCGACCGCGCCGCUGCCUCAGUUUCCAUAGGCGGCCGCGCACGGGCGCGGGGCGGCGGCACUAAUAAAAACACAAACAAAAGGGGCAUGGAAGUGAUCCACUGCCUGCGCGGCUGAGGUGUCUUUGAGGGUGUACUUUUCUGCCUUGCAGCACUGCACUUUGACUAUGGAAGCAGAGGCUGCUGAUGGAUAUAUAACAUCAGGUGACAAUGAGCUUUCCCCUGAAAGGGAGCACUCCAGCAUGGCUAUUGACCUCACCUCAAGUACACCCAAUGGGCAGCAUACCUCACCAAGUCACGUGGCAAGCACAAAUUCAGUGAAGGUAGAAAUGCAAAGUGAUGAGGAAUCUGACAGGAAGACCCUCUGUCAGGAAGAUGAGGUCAGGGUUCUUGAUGAAGGAAGCAGCCUGGAAGAGCCCCUCACUGAGAAUAACGAGAUGGCGGAUAACAGAAAGAUUCAGGAGCUAUCGAGCGAGGGAGGAAUCCGGCUUCCGAAUGGUAAACUGAAAUGUGACGUCUGUGGCAUGGUUUGCAUUGGGCCCAAUGUGCUAAUGGUACAUAAAAGGAGCCACACUGGUGAACGCCCCUUCCACUGCAACCAAUGUGGAGCUUCUUUUACCCAGAAGGGGAACCUGCUGAGGCACAUCAAGUUGCACUCUGGGGAGAAACCGUUCAAAUGUCCCUUCUGCAGCUACGCCUGCCGACGGAGGGAUGCCCUCACAGGACACCUCAGGACCCACUCUGUUCCAGGUAUAGAGAUGGCACUGCAGGAGGAGAUUCCUGUCCAGAACAGACCACUGAACUGCAGCAGUGAGCUCCUGUAUUUGUCGCAGGACCUCUUACCCUCUACAAUGGGGAAGCCUCACAAGUGCAACUACUGUGGCCGGAGCUACAAGCAGCGCAGUUCGCUGGAAGAGCACAAGGAACGCUGCCACAACUAUAUGCAGAAUAUUGGCAUGGAGGCUGCCGGGCAGGUCCUGAGUCACCACGUACCUCCUAUGGAAGAUUGUAAGGAACAAGAGCCUGUGAUGGACAACAAUAUUCCCAUGGUGCCUUUUGAGAGACCUGCUGUUAUAGAGAAGCUGACAAGCAACUUGGGAAAGCGUAAAAGCUCCACCCCGCAGAAGUUUGUGGGUGAAAAGCUCAUGAGACUUGGCUAUCCAGAUAUUCACUUUGAUAUGAACCUAUCCUAUGAAAAAGAGUCUGAUCUGAUGCAGUCUCAAAUGAUGGACCAAGCCAUCCACAAUGCAAUCGCCUACCUUGGAGCUGACUCACUUCACCCCCUGAUGCAGCACACACCAAGCACAAUUGCAGAGGUGACCCCAGUCAGCAGCUCACCUUAUGCUCAGGUCUAUCAUCCUAACAGGAUAGAAAGGCCCAUUAGCAGGGAAACAGCUGAUAGUCACGAGAACAACAUGGAUGGCCCUAUCUCCCUCAUCAGACCAAAGAGUCGAACCCAAGAUAGAGAGGGCUCCCCGAGCAAUAGCUGCCUGGAUUCUACUGACUCAGAGAGCAGCCACGAAGACCGCCAGUCCUACCAAGGAAACUCUGCCUUAAACCCCAAGAGGAAGCCAAGCCCGGCUUAUAUGAAGGAGGAUGCCAAGGCUUUGGAUGCCACAAAAGCUUCAAAGGGCUCUUUAAAGGAUAUCUACAAGGUCAUCAAUGGAGAAGGGGAGCAGAUUAGGGCUUUCAAGUGUGAGCACUGUCGCGUUCUCUUCCUGGACCACGUCAUGUACACCAUCCACAUGGGCUGCCAUGGCUACCGGGACCCGCUGGAGUGCAACAUCUGUGGCUACCGAAGCCAGGACCGCUAUGAGUUCUCAUCGCACAUUGUUCGAGGGGAGCACACAUUCCACUAGGCCUUCUCAUCCAAAGGGGACUCUUAUGAAGUAGAAGAACUGCACAUGAAGAAAUACUGCACUUACAGUCCCACUUUUCCUCAGACACUGAUGCGCCUGUUUUGUUGUUGUUGUUUUUUGCUGUUGUUGUUUUUUGCUGUUGUUGUUUUUUGCUGUUGUUGUUUUUUGCUGUUGUUUUUUGCUGUUGUUGUUUUUUGCUGUUGUUGUUGUUGCUGUUGUUUAAUUAAUAUUAUUGUUAACCUUAUUUUUUGUGGACUUGAUUUCAUUUGCUCUGCCUGGCUUAAGAAUGGAAAGAAGGAAGGGGAAGGGUAAAAGGGGGGGGAUUGUUGUUGCUGUCACUUGUUGGGAAGUGACCUGAUGUGUAUUUUGUGGGAGCUGAAAGGCAGUCUGUUUCUGUCUCAGCUGUAUAUUAUGUCCUAUUUUGGGAUGUUACUCAACUCUGCUAGGCGCUUUAAAGUCUUAAUGAGUUGCCACUCAUUUAUAAUUUCAGACAAAUAGAAACAUUUCAGAGGAGAGCCUUUUUUUAUAUGUGCAGAUAUGGUGUGGGGUUUUGGUGGCUGGAAGCCUUUAUUUUACAAAAUGAACAAUAAUUUUUAAAGCAAAACUGCUUAGGGUUUUAGGAGCAUGAAUCAAAGUCAUCAUUCCUUUCAAAAUUACUUUCUAGGGUGAGCUUUUUUCCUGGAUGCAGUGUGUAUUGCCCCUCUAGAAUGUAAAGAAAAAAAGGAAAAAAAAAAAGAAAAAAAGAAAAGAAACGUAAGUCUUAACACUGUACUACAUAACAGCAGUUUAGUUUCAUAAGUCUAAGGGCCUUCUGUGGUAAGUGUGAGGCUCUGUAUUUUUAUUUUCCUUAACUUAUGAAGCACCUUUUUUAGAGUUGUUGAUUUGCUGUUACUCCAUGCCUAUUUGUUGACUCACUGGCUUCUUAGAGACCCUUGGGAGCCUUAAUUAUUUAGUUACACCCUAUGGUUUAAAAAAUCUAAUUUACAAAUAAUGUUUAAACUUGCUUCUGGGAGAGUAAGUGGCCUAGGAGUGGGUGAGAGUCUGUAGUUUACUCAAGAGGUUCUGCUGCUCUUCUAAAAUAGUUUUAUUGUAAAAUGACAGAGUUGAAAAUAACAAAAGUACUAGUAGCAAAGUGUUCAUUAAAUAUAAUUAUAUAUCUAUAUACGCCUAUAUAAAUACUUUCUCAUUCUAUUAUCACAGUGUUAACCUCUUGGCAGCAGCCUGAACUAAUACUUGCAGAUGAGAAAGAACUAGGGCCCAGAUCAUCGGCCAGCGUUAAUCCUCUUAGCUACACUGAAUGUAAUGGAACUACCCCAACUACUUCAGCUACAUAAGAAUCUGAGUCUUGAUCAUUUUUUCUGUGGUUGACAUCUUAUUUGCUGAACCAGUGACUUGCUUUUGUCUUCAUGUCAUCAACUUCCUUUAAUUUAGGAGUGAAAGUACAUGUUUUUCUGGAUAGCCUUUGCUCUUAGAGAGCACACUGGCUCUGCAAACACACAGAUUGCAUAUGACCUUCCCUGCUUCUUCAGCAAUUGAUUCAUGGAGAUACACAGGUGCUGUGCUUUGAUUUCAAUUCAGAUUUCAUUUCUAUUCAUAAUUUAUUAAUUUCACUGUAGAGAAAACAAAUGCAGAAACAAACUCCAUCAUUUCCUUGGGCUACAGACUGGACAGCAGCAACCAAAAAAAACCAACACACCAGUCUGUUUUGUUUCCUUUGUUUCUCCCCCCAAAAGUAACAAAGCCAGCAGCCACCCAAGUUGCAGGUUGCAUCAGUUAAAAACUGGGCUUAAACCUAUGUGACAGAUUGCCAUUGAAGCCCAACUGUUUGUACCAAUCACAAUUGAAAUGUUGUUGUUGUGCAACAAGAGCACAGCUUGAGAAUGGAAAGAGCUGUGUGAGUUUAACCCCCUCCAUGCAAGCGGUCUCCGUGCGCUCAGUGAGACCUUCUCCAAAAUAUAAAGUUACUAAAGUAUAAGAGAGGAAGCAAGAUCAGGCCAUAAUGAGUUCCCAUCUGCUUACUUCAAUCUGUGUACACCAUACACAUGCCAGUUUACUCUUUGUUUGGAGGGUACUGUUGUUUUUUUUCUUUCCCUUCCUAGACCCGGAGCAUUUGAAAGUAGGAGCUGAGUGGUAUCGAUUGAAAUCUUUAUGGUGACAUUCUUGGCAGCCAGAACCUGUGUUUAGAAAGGAUACUGUAGAUCAUGGCCAGAUUACCUGAUGACUUCUUCCCAGCACUGAAAUGCUAUUAAGUAGAAGCUGGUAAAGUCUUGGAGCAGCCUAUUAAUUAUAAUACAAUAUGGAGAGAAAUGUCAUCUGGUGUAAUGUGAGACCUAUCAAGGCUGGGAAUAUACAGGUUUUGGAAUGACAGAUUUGAAGACCUAUUCCCAACAUUGUUCUUAAUGUCAUUGGAUUCCUCCUCCUCCUCCUUCUUUCCUUAUUCUAACGUACGGAAAACUCAGGCAGGUGAUUUGCUGCCGUCCUCCAGGCCGUUCUCAUUCUCUUAUACUUGGUGCAAUCAAAGGAGUUUGCGCGGGAGAAAAAGGAGAUACUGCAGGACAUUGCUUCUAUUCUGUAUGGCUGAUUCCCUAGAGCAAUGGAAGAUGGCUUAGGAGGUGGCCGGAUUUGCUCUGCAUCAUCAGGUGUUUGGAAAUCCAGAAUAAGGGAGUUGCUUUUACUGCAUAUCUCAAGGGGUUGUGGGGAGGCAGUUGUUAUUUCUGCUUGGGCACCAAAGGGUAUCUAGUAAUGACAUGCAAAGGAAAGGGUGCUGAAAGUCAGUGGGCUUGCAUGAGGCUCUGAAAAGACACAUCUGUACAAAAAGAAGGGUGGCUGAGUAUCACUUUCUGUCUGUGGGAAAUGUGACAGUCCUUUCUUCCCUCUUGUCAGUGGGAAGAAUAUGGGCUUUGGAUUUUUCAGAUAGUUAGCACUAGGGAACAAGCAUUAAAAAAUUAUGCCUGUGCUUGGGAAAGCACAAGGACUGGGGAAAGACAGAGCAUCAUUUGUGUAUCCACAAAUAAGUUGUUUGCAAUUAUAUCCACAGCUUGUUAGAGUGCUGUUUUACUUGCUGAUGGUUCAUCGAUACCUCCUGCAGUGUAUGUCCUGUGCUUCAGAGAUCAGAGAGGGAAGCUCAGUGGCGUUGUAGCUGGCUUCAGUCAAGCCCAGCUCCUGAUUCUAGUGGCAGCAUGCAAGAAUUGUAUGGAAGAAGUACUGUGUAUUGAUACCACAGGAGCAGAGAAUGAGGAAGAGGACACACUGUUAAUAAAGCUACCUUCCAAAACCUUCAUUUUUUGGAGAGCAAGAAGCUGAGUGAUUUGCAUUAAUUUCUAUUAUCGGUGUCCUUUUCUGAAGGCUCGGUGAAGUUUUUCAUCCUAGAACUAGGGAAAGAAAAAAGAUUAAAUUCCAAUUUGAGUUUUGAACAAAGUUUUGGACUACUGUUUGUUUUAGUGUUCAGUUCCCACUUGGCAUUACUGUUGGGAGAAAGGAGCAAUCCCUGGUUCCUCAAAAGCAGUUGCCUAGUUGGCCUAGGGAAAACUAGUGGAGAGUUUUAUAUAAAUCAUUUUACCCCUGUGUGGAAGCAUGCAAGCUUUUCUAAGAAAAGCUGUUGAGUUCUGUCAAAUUCAUUAGUCAUUCAGAGUAUACUAGGAAUUUCAGUAGAUAAUCCUUGGCCUGCAAAUCCAAUUGUUCUAAGUAUUUGGUGUUUGAAAUCGAACCUGGCUGAUUUUUACUGGACUCUCUUGAAAUUCUUGGAAUUGAGUUUCCAGUUAAAAAUAUGCAUUUGCAAAUUCAGAAUUGGCUUCCUGUGCAUUUCUCAUUUUCAUUAUAUUAAAAAAAAAAAGCAAUUUCUGCAAACAUCUCUGCCAAUAAACCCCUUCACUUCAUUUUACAUCCAAAAUGGCAGGAUUCUAACUCAAUUUAGAGUAGCACAAGCCUAUUAAUUCAAACAGGAGUAUGGCUGCUUAUUGUGCUCUUGAUGUGAUCCAUAUUCGUGGAGCAAAGGGCAUUAUCUAUAUAUCUGCUGUUACAGCCAAUGGAUUUUACAGCCACCCCUCUUUGCAGUCAGUUAUGAGUGCACAUCAAAAUAUAUAGCAUUUUUCAGGAAAGCCAGCUCUUUACUCAGUGACUUAUGAGAUUAAAACAAUUUUAUUCUCCUUAAAAAGUGCUUCCAUCUAUGAAGUGAUGUGAGAGGUGUCUGGGCAUUAACUGCUGUUGGUCCAUAUUAGAGAGAAAGAAUCUAAAUUUAUAAACUGGCCUGUUUUUGUUUUUUUUUUUAAUAGUAGUAGUAAUUUCUACAGUCUGAGGGGACGGCUCACAAAUAGCCAUGUGAAAAUAAUGUGUAUUUACUUACCAGUGAAGAAAUUCUCUAUUUUUAAAGAAUUCCCAAAUUUUGUUCUGUUUACAAGAGCACUCCUAAACUGGGGCUGUCAGGAAGAAGGCCAUGAAUCCAACCAAACCCUUCAAAACUGGCCUUCAAUAGGAUGUUAUUACUGUUGUCUGGCUCUUAAACUGUUUGUUUUUUCUUCUUAUUUGGGAAUGCAUUGAAAGAUGACAGAGAACAGUCCUUCCUCCAGAGAAAAGCUUUGGAGACAAUUUAGGGAAAGGUGCUUACUUCAGCCAAGGACAGGAGCAGCACUAAUACAGUUCCCUCAUGAGGUAAUAUUCCUUUACUUAACUCUUGCUGUGCAUUAUAAUGUAAUAAGGAGGGAAAAGGGAGGCUUCACUGUUACCUGAAUCUGCUGAACUUAAGGUGGGAAUUUUAGGAAGAGUGUGAUGAAAUUGACUUUGAUGCUAGAAAUGUACAUCUUAGCUUGGCUUAGUAUCCUUUAUAAACAAAAAUAGGUGGUAGUAAUGACUUACGGUCUAGAGCAGCUGGAGAUGUUGAGAAAGUAUAUUUAUAUAUAUGGUACUGUAUAAUUAGAUAUAUGCUUUAUUGUAAAUGUGCCUUUUUAAAACGCAUUUUGAAAGUUCAUGAUGUCAUUCAUGAUAUCUUGCCCUGCCCUUUCAGAAUGCACAAGAGCCAACCCAAAGUAAAACCCUUCUCGUACCACGGGCAAGGCAGAUCCUGGACCCCUGUGCCCUUUUGGCAGCUGGGCCGGGAGGGAGCUGUCCUAGUGUUUAGCUGUGAGGUUUGCAGGAAGAGGCUGGCUGUAGGAGUGGGAAGGUCUGCAGUCACCCUGGCCAGGUGCAUUCCAGCAUCCAACUGGAGCUGGUCUAUGGGGCUACCAUGAGACUAUGAUGCCAGUGCCACCCCAGUUGCUGGAACCAAACAAGGAAAAACCCAUCUGGGUGAUGUUAUGGGAUAGGUGCGUGUUGGAGGCCAGGAGGAGCUCUCUCCCCUCUGUAUGGGUUUAUGAGCUGGUGUACUUGGGUGAGAAGCACAGUAUUGCUUUGGUGCUUUCCUGGCGGGCUGGUGACCUAGUUUCAGACCUGGUUAUUUUUCCUGCAGCAUCUGAGGGUGCUGGCGCAGUUUGGAUCUUGUGCCAGCUCCUCGGCACAGGUCUGCUGGGGCUGACCAUCCCAGUGGGAGGAUGGAUAAGGAAUUAGGGAAAGAAGAAGCAGAAUUUGCUCUGUAGCAAAAAUAUUCUCUUUUAUCCCAUUAAGAAAAGGGCUGAAGGAUUGGCCAAGGAGAUCAUUACCAGUUUUCUGUUCUAGGCUCAUGCAGCAUUCCCAGUUACUCCAGUUCACUUCUAUCCCUCAGAAAGGUGGUUACUGCUCUGCUCACAUCGAUCCUCAUUUGGGAGUACAACUGCCCAUGCUCUUCUGCUGCAAAGUCCCAUUCCUCUACAUCAUGGCACUUAUUGUUCUGUGGGCAGCAGUGACCAUCCUAAUAUUAUUUGCAGUUUAAAAAAACAAAAAAGCUUUACAGUUAACCCUGUGCUUAAUGUGUUAGAUUAGGGCUUUCCUUGCUGAGUGGUACAGCGCAGCAAUUUCCACCAGCUCUUUGUCGACAGCACCCGGUAGCAGGGUUCUGUGGUGAAGGUGAAUCCACAAGUGUGUCUGUAGCAGCCUUAAUCCUUUGCACCUUGCGGUGCAUGUGUGCUGGCAGCCUGCAGUCCAUGUUGUCCAUUGACGUGAAAUAUGGGAGCCUCCUGCAAGGCAGAGGGGAGAGCAUGAUGCCCUUAUUGGCACAAAGAGGACAGUUUGCAGUAAAUUGGGCCAUUUAGCUUUACCUCAAGUGACGUGGAAUAAGAAAAGCUUCUUGAAGGGGUAGAGGUCACUGAAUCCCCGACUAUGCACUUACUGGGAUUUGACAUUGCUUACUGGAAAUGGAUGUUCGCUUCUGAGCACGCUGUAACAAGGGAAGGACUUACUUCUGGUUAUUUUUUUCAUAGUAGUUCAGAUUCUGAAACUGUGAUCGAUUCUUUGACUAAUUGUCAAGUGUUCUCAGAGCUUGAACAUGUUCCCUUCCUUUGUCAUGUAGCAGUUCCCUUUGGUUUUCAGUUGUUUUUUCUUUCUCCCCCUUUUCCUUCUCUUAGCUUUAAGUCUGGGCCUGCUCUUAUCUCCUAUAGCUCGGGGCUGUCUCGGGUUGUUUUUUUUUGUGUCUGUGUGUGUUCUUUUGUUCAUUGGCUGUACAGUCUGUUUACAUAUUUUUGUACUCAAGUGUAGUUUUAUAUUAAAAACAGGAAAAAGAAAAAAAACAUAGUUGAAUUGAGAAAAAAUAUUAAGGUACGUCCUCUUUGUAACACUUUAAAGACCUAGAGUACCUUCAGAGAUGACUUUGCAGUGAUGUAAUUAUAAUAUUGUAUAUAUGCCUUCCUUUUUAGUUGGUUUUAUUUUCUGGUUGAUUUUUUGUCCUAAAAUGUAUAUCUUUUUAUGAGAUACUGGAAACUUUUAAUGCAAAUGUUUAGAAAGAUUUAACAUUGUAAAGUAAAAAGAAAAAGUCAUAUAAUUUUUUUUUCCUGUUGGAAGAAAAUGCUUUAAAAAGUUUUACUACUGUUGUAUUCCAGGGUGGGGGUUACCAACCCCAGAUUUCCUUCUUAUGCUUCAUUCUUGGGUCUUGCUUUCUAAAAAUGCUCAUUGCAGACAUGGAUGAUUCGCUUAUAUUAGUUAAACAGAAAAUCACAAAGAAAACCACCUUUUAGGGGUAUUUUUCGGUUCAAGUGCAAUACUUCCCCUGAUGUCUUAUUAAUGUACAAUGGUUUCCUUUUCCUUUCCUCAGCCAACACAAAUCAGUGAAGCAAAAUGCUUUAUCUUAAAUACAUUCAAAGAUAAGUUUUGAGUAACGAUGUACAUUCAGAUUUUGACUGACAAAAAGUGAGAAGCUGUAGGUUAAGACUGAGGCCUAGACCUUAACUCUGGCUUGUAUUCGGCACUGACACACAUCCAGUGGUCUGAACUAAGGAUAAAUGUGUUCUUGCCUCUUCCUUCCUUUUCUAAUUGCAGCUUUCUUUUCUUCCUCUUAAAAAGAAAAAAGAAAAAAGAAAAAAAGCACUUAGUAUUGAUGUUUAUGGAAAAAUAACAGAAAUAAAAAGAUGGCUUGGUCCAAUCCAAAACCCACUCAGUGGAGACAUUCAUUGAGUUUGAUGAUGGAUUUUGGAUUAGGCCUAAGCUCUUAGCUAGUGCGAAGCUUCCAUUUGCUCUAAUGGGAGAGAUUUGCCUGCAUAAGAAUUACAGGACUUGUGUCCUUUAUCUACCUGAGAGACCAGAAAAGCUUCUUUACAGUUGUCCUUGUCUUAUGUAUGUUUAGAUGGGACUUGAUUUACAUAUUAUACAUAUUUAUAUAUAGCGUAUUUUUAAUGCCUUUUUUCCCCUCUCUCCCCCGGUAGACUGAAACCCCUUGUUCUGUAAAUAUGUAUUUAGGUACAUAAUAAAAAAGAAAAACCCCAUUGAGAUUCUUGGAAAGGCAGUUGCUGCGCAUGCACAGUAGCCACUUUUGUCUCUUAAAUUUGUAUUUUAGAUAUUCCUUUUUAAUAAUAACAAAGGUGAGGAGACCAUAUCUCAUUCUGAUGGAUUGCCAAAAUAUUUCCCCAGACUUGGCUGUCUGAGUUGAAGAAGAAAAGUGCAUUCCGUGGGUGACUGCCCAUGGGUUCAUGCUUUUAGGGCCAAAUUCUGGUAAUCUGCUGUAGUCUGUAUAGGUUCCCCCACCAACAGGGACCGUGCUGGAGCAGUGGGAUUGUAGCGAAGUGCACAAGAUCUUUGAACAUAAUUUCAGAUCUUGACUCAUUUGUCACAGCAUCUUUUGUGACAUGCGGAGUUGUGUUCUGCCCACUCUGGUGCCGAAUUCGAUGUUGAUCCUGGUUCCUCCCAGGUCAGGAUUUUUAGUUUUGUGACAGAUGUUCUGAGCUCAAAUUGAGGAAUCUGAAAAAAAAAAAAAAAAAACAAACAGAAUUUACUCCAAAAUCCAGUGAACACACUGGGAUUUGCCCCACUGCUUUACACAGAAAUUGGAACAUGCCCUUAUAAAUGAGUUCAGAAAUGAUCACUAUUGCAGUGGUGCAUGUGAGCAACCCCAAUGUAAAGCUGUAUCCCUCUGCUAAAGGGUUUCACUGCUGUAGACUGAACUAUGGGACUUAAUUUGAUUUUAUUUUCCACCUUAGUCUACAUGCAUACAUAUGGUUCCACGUCUGUAUGUGUGUGCUCUGUACAUGUGUGAGUGUUGUGCAGCCACGUGAGAGUGUGAGUCUGUAUGUGUGUAUAAAUAAAAAGAAGCUGCAGAAACUUUGUAAUACUUUGUGAAAAGGAUUAUAUUAUAAAGGUUUGUACUGUCUUGAGUGCACAGCUACUGGAAUAAAUGUAGGGAAUCUCAGGAACAAGCAUAUAAUUUGUCCAAGAAUUAUUUCUUCUCAGAAGUGUAAGUGCAGUUUUUAAUUCUGUAUAUUAUUUAAUAUUUUACCAAUAAAAAUAAACUUCUGACAUGAAA